GGGCCAAGGGCAGCACAAGCAGCGUGGCCGCUGCAGGCACUGCGGCUGUGGCUGUGCUGCUGCACGGAGCUCUCAGUGCUUGCAGCUGACACGUGCCUCUGGCAGCCAUGAAUUGGCUCGGCCUCCUCAUCCUGCUGAUCAUGGCUGGGCUGGCACAGAGCAUCCAGUACACUUGCAGAGGGAGCUGCGGGCUCCGAGCUGUGCCAUCUGUCUACCACCCCACAACUAAUUACUACAGCGACGCGGCUUAUGACUCCAGCAUGACACGCAUCGUGGGUGGCACAGGUGCCCUGCCAGGGACCUGGCCGUGGAUGGUCAGCAUCCAGCACCCCUGGAUACCAGGCCUGAAGCAUCUGUGUGGAGGCUCCCUCAUCAGCACACAGUGGGUCCUCACAGCAGCCCACUGCUUCGACGAGGUCACGGAAAUCAGUCUGCUGUAUGUGGUGAUUGGGGCCACCCAGUUGACUCAGUCCGGCCAUGGGGCACAAGUGCACCAUGUCAAGCAGGUGCUGAUGCACCGGUACUACAACCCUGAUGACAUGAGCUAUGAUAUUGCCCUGAUGGAAUUGGACCAUCCUGUCCAGUGCAGCCCCUACAUCCAGCUGGCCUGUGUGGCUGACCCCACCCUAAGAGUCUCAGAGCUGCAAAACUGCUGGGUGGCUGGCUGGGGUUCCACUGCUGCAAGAGGUCAAAAAUCAAGUGAUCACCUUCAGCAGGCCAAGGUCCAGCUCAUCAAUGUCCAGCUCUGCAACAGCACCUUCUGGUACUCAGGGAAAAUCCACACCCACAACUUGUGUGCUGGUUACCCUCAGGGCAACAUUGACACCUGCCAGGGUGACAGCGGUGGUCCUCUCAUGUGCCAAGAGAAAAACAGUGACUACUGGUGGGUCAUCGGAAUAACCAGCUGGGGAAGAGGCUGUGCCAGAGCAAGGCAGCCUGGAAUCUACAUCUCCACUCAGUACUUCUAUGACUGGAUCCUAUUCCACAUGAACCUGAGCCCAGAUGGAAGUUCCUCUCCAACAUCACGGGCAUGUAGUCAUUUUUUGAUCACUUCACACCCCUGGAUUCAUUAUAUUACCACCCCACAACCCUCUCAGAAGCCAUGGCCAAGACCAACCCCCUCUCCAAAACCAACUCCAGUACCAACAUUAGGCAAAGUAGACUCCUGUCCAUUUCCCAUCAAGAUUCUGGUGGAAUUCUUUACUCAAGUGAAGGAACUCCUCCAGCAGACCUUUGGUCAAAACACAUCUUGAGCAGCAGGACAGCCAUGGUCCAGGGCACACUGCAGUGCACCGCAACCAUUUCCUGCUGAUCCAAAGGCAGCCUGAGUGUCAAAAACCUUCUCUGUCCUGACCACACUCCUCUUCUGUGUGCACACAGACACCACAGUUGUCUUACCUGAGUGAAGUAAAAUUGUCUAUGGUCACAGGGAA